CUGAUAUUUCUUCUUAACUGUAACCAAUAGAAACAACAUAAGGAAUUUGGCCUAUGUGCAUGUUUGCAGGUUUAUGGUACAGGCAUUUACAUAGAGGUACCUGUCAUGUGUGACACAGACUUCUCAGCAAGUUUCAGAAGGAACAGCUGUUUCUAGAUGGAAUAAUAUGGAGCAUACCAUUGUAAGAAUCCUGUGAUAAAUCCUUUUAUAAAUAUUUCUGAAUGAUCCCUUUUGUUACACAUUUUAACUCCUGAAUCAUCUAAAGUAGAAUGCAAAAAUUAUUCAUAAACCAUUCAUUCAAGACAGCUUUAUAUGAAAGAAUAACUUGCUGAAUUCUGUAUUCUUACUGCUCUUUCUUAUGGGGUUUGGGACAAGUCAUUCACCUUUUAAAUUUUUUUAAUUUAUAUUUUCCUAAGUAAUUUACCUUUCUUUGCCUCAAUCAACUCAUCUGUAAAAUGGUAAAUUAAUAGCGUCGACUUCAUUGCUCAGUCACUAGCAGUUUCUGAAGUCAGUGUCUGGCAGUCAGUAGAUACCACCUCUGUAACUAGUCUCGUGCAGCUCUCUGUAAUAUGAUCUGGUGGAGGACUAAAAUACAAAAGCACAAGGGUGAAUUCUAGGCUCAGCUGAGCCAGUGAUUAGUUGAUGACAAGUCACAUAGUCUCUGUGACCCUGGGUAAAAUGAGGAGACUGGAUUUGCUCUUGUACCUUCCCAAUAUUUGGCUCCACUAGCUGUUGGCCACCUUAGACUUGAGGGUCCAUUCACUGCUGCUUGCCCUUGAAGCUCAAUUGCUGGUCAGAUCUUAACACUCCUGGGAAGACCUGGAGACUGAGCCAGUGACACUGGUUCCAUUGGGUAAGAGCUGAAGCACCACUGGGGAUGGGGCAUUUAUGUUGCCAUGAAUCACACUAGGGUAGGGGUGGGGGACAGGUCACAGGAAGAUUGUUGAUGGUCCUUUUUCUUUUUAAUACUUUGAAAAGGAAGACCAUGGAGUGGAAUCUAGUAUCUGCCUUCAGGCUUGGGAUAACAUCUUUGUUUUACAAUAGGCAGCUUGGCUGGAAGAAAGCUGAGGUCACUGGUCACUGGCAGGUCCUAAAGUAUGAAAAUCACUGGGAAAACCUGACUUUCUAUAUGCCAAUAAUUGAGUACUGACAACUCUGGAGGGAGCUUUCCAAUUCCUUCAUCAUGAAAUCGGACUUUGAAUAUAUAUUGAAGAGGAGUUCAUGGAUUCAUGGUAACCUACAAUUCUUCAUUGCGGCCUGACCCAAAGGAAGCUACAAUUGGGUUUUCCUAAAAGGAGGAAGAUAGUCCUAGGCUUCCCUUAUCAAAUAAGUGUAUCACGCAGGUGGCCUCCGCCUGUCAGGGGUCCCAGUCAUGGGGCGCCUCGGGAGAGGACUUCGCAUCCCAACCGUUCCUUCAGCUCCUGGUGGGGCACCGGCGGCGAGUCCAAGCCUCCAUCCUGCGUGGUCAGGUGGCAGCGGGCCUAAGCAUUUCCCAGGAUUCAUUCAUUCAGUCUUCAUUCAGCAGCAGAUCAGCCAGUAGACAUGAUGAACAUCAAAGCCUUUACGCUUGUCUCUGCCGUGGAGUGGGAGCUGCUGGUGGGCGACAAGGAGCGUGUCAACAUUGAGUGUGUAGAGUGCUGCGGCAGGGACCUCUACGUGGGCACCAACGACUGCUUUGUCUACCACUUCCUGUUGGAGGAGAGGCCAGUGCCUGCCGGGCCGGCCACGUUCACUGCCACGAAACAGCUGCACAGGCACCUGGGCUUCAAGAAGCCUGUGAGUGAGCUGCGCGCAGCCUCAGCACUCAACAGGCUGCUGGUGCUGUGUGACAACUCCAUCAGCCUGGUCCACAUGCUGAACCUCGAGCCAGUGCCCUCGGGAGCCCGCAUCAAGGGGGCGGUCACGUUUGCACUGAAUGAGAACCCUGUGACUGGGGACCCAUUCUGUGUGGAAGUUUGUAUCAUCUCUGUCAAACGCAGAACCAUCCAGAUGUUUCUGGUGUACGAGGACCGGGUGCAGAUCGUCAAGGAGGUGUCAACCUCUGAGCAGCCCCUCGCUGUAGCUGUGGACGGCCACUUCCUGUGUCUGGCUCUGACCACUCAGUACAUCAUCCACAACUACAGCACAGGUGUCUCCCAGGACCUGUUUCCCUACUGCAGCGAGGAGAGGCCGCCAAUUGUCAAGAGGAUAGGGAGACAGGAGUUCCUACUGGCGGGCCCCGGAGGGCUGGGCAUGUUUGCCACAGUCGCAGGGAUAUCCCAGCGGGCUCCCGUGCACUGGUCAGAGAACGUGAUUGGGGCGGCCGUGUCCUUUCCAUACGUCAUAGCGCUGGAUAAUGAAUUCAUCACGGUCCACAGCAUGUUGGAUCAGCAGCAGAAGCAGACGCUGCCCUUUAAGGAGGGCCACAUCCUACAGGACUUUGAAGGAAGAGUGAUCGUUGCCACAAGUAAAGGAGUUUACAUCUUGGUUCCAUUACCUUUGGAAAAACAAAUACAGGAUCUUCUAGCAAGCCGCAGAGUAGAAGAGGCUUUGGUUUUAGCAAAAGGAGCCCGGAGGAACAUUCCAAAGGAAAAAUUUCAGGUAAUGUACAGAAGGAUUCUGCAGCAGGCGGGAUUUAUACAGUUUGCACAACUUCAGUUCCUGGAAGCUAAAGAGCUCUUCAGAAGCGGCCAGCUUGAUGUCCGGGAGCUGAUCUCUCUCUACCCCUUCCUGUUGCCCACCUCCUCCUCCUUCACCCGGUCCCACCCUCCUCUUCAUGAGUAUGCAGACCUGAACCAGCUGACCCAGGGGGACCAGGAGAAGAUGGCCAAGUGCAAACGCUUCCUCAUGAGCUACCUGAAUGAGGUCCGCAGCACAGAGGUAGCAAACGGCUACAAGGAGGACAUCGACACAGCCUUGCUCAAACUGUACGCGGAGGCUGACCACGACAGCCUGCUGGACCUCCUGGUCACUGAGAACUUUUGUCUUCUGACGGACAGUGCCGCCUGGCUAGAGAAGCACAAAAAGUAUUUUGCACUUGGACUGCUCUAUCAUUAUAAUAACCAAGACACUGCUGCAGUUCAGUUGUGGGUGAACAUUGUGAAUGGCGAUGUCCAGGACUCCACACGCUCAGACUUAUAUGAAUACAUCGUGGAUUUUCUAACCUACUGCUUAGACAAGGAGCUAGUUUGGGCCUAUGCUGACUGGGUCCUGCAGAAAAGUGAAGAGGUCGGAGUUCAAGUUUUCACCAAGAGACCUUUGGAUGAACAGCAGAAGAACAGUUUUAACCCAGACGACGUUAUCAAUUGCCUUAAAAAAUACCCUAAAGCCCUUGUGAAGUAUCUGGAACAUCUCGUGAUAGACAAGAGACUGCAGAAAGAAGAGUAUCACACCCACUUAGCUGUGCUCUACCUGGAAGACGUGCUGCAGCAGAGGGCCUCCGCCAGCAGCAAGGGUGCGGAGACCACUGAGACGCAGGCCAAGCUGCGGCGUCUUCUCCAGAAGUCCGAUUUAUACCGAGUCCACUUUCUUAUCGAGAGGCUGCAGGGAGCCGGCCUGCCCAUGGAGAGUGCCAUCCUGCAUGGGAAGCUGGGUGAGCACGAGAAGGCGCUGCAUAUCCUGGUGCAUGAGCUGCGGGACUUUGCAGCGGCCGAGGACUACUGCCUGUGGUGCUCUGAGGGCCAGGACCCGCCCCACCGCCAGCGCCUCUUCCACACGCUGCUGGCUAUCUACCUGCGUGCCGGCCCCGCCUCCAACGAGCUGGCAGUGGCCGCCAUGGACCUGCUGAACCGCCAUGCCACCGAAUUCGACGCAGCCCAGGUGCUGCAGAUGCUGCCCGACACCUGGUCAGUGCAGCUCCUCUGCCCAUUCCUGACAGGGGCCAUGAGGGGCAGCGUCCAUGCCAGGAGGACCAUGCAGGUGGCUCUCGGCCUGGCCAAGUCAGAAAACUUAAUUUACACCUGUGAUAAGAUGAAGUUGAAAGGAAGCUCAAUUCGGCUCUCAGACAAAAAGCUUUGUCAGAUAUGCCAAAAUCCCUUUUGUGAGCCUGUGUUUGUUAGAUACCCAAAUGGUGGUCUUGUGCAUACCCACUGUGCUGCCAGCAGACACACGAACCCCAGCUCAUCCAGCCCUGGCACUCGGACUUGAAAAGCUUGGCCCGAGGACAUGAGGGGAACUCCGAGUUCUUUCUGAGCCUGCUGGACGUGAAGAGCAGACAACCAUCAUGCUCUGUGUCAGCUAGGAUGAAGGGAGACAUCUGGGUGCCAGGGAGCCUUCCGUCCACACACAACAAGGACUCCUCACUGCUGACCAGGCUCUAUGAAUGUUCAUGGAAAACCUUUAAAAAUCCCAAAAAUAGAGACAUGCAAGAGUUCACCUCUCCAGGCACUUAGUAAUCCAAGACAAAGGUGUACAUUGAAAAAAAAGGGAGUCUUCCUCAUGCAGUCAGACCCAGGUGGGGGAUUCCCCCACCAUCCCCACACUCCGACCUUUAGACUCAUGUUUGCACUGGAAAUGUGGCUUCGGCAUGACUGGAGAGGAAGCCCUCUCUUGCCUGGUGGGCAGAGCCUCAUGGGGGGCAGCCCUGCCCUCACUGCAGAGACACGUUCUCCAUCCAGGCCGCUCACUCGUGAGCCCGUUUCCCAGGGUUACCUCGUGGGCUCUGCCUUUGCCCUAAGAAACGGCUGACCCUGGAGAAGUACCUUUGUUCCUUCUUACUUCCUCUCCAGCUCUCAGCUCCCAAAAGAUUCUGCCUUGUGUACCCAAGACUCACUCUUGGGUGAACUCAUGUCUCUGGCUUCCUAGCAAGUGAAGAUCUGUUGAGAAACUGAGAAAGCUUCAAGAGAGAAGCUGCUCUCCCCGCCUUGAAGAAGCCGCGGACACGGGACAGCCGUGGCGGGCACGGGACAGCCGUGGCAGGCAAGGGCCCAGCUGUGUGCCCCUUUCCUGCCACAGCAUCUGCUGAUUUGAAACUCCAUGAUGAACAUGUUGAACUAAACAUUUUUAUUUAAAUUUGUAUCAUGUUCAUAGUUGCUCUCUUGUUGAGGGAGUCAUCUGUCCUGUUUGUUAGGCAUAUUUUUCCUUGUUAAAAUGUACCUCCUGUUGAAUACUCGGGAAAUUAAAAGGGAAGCAUAGUCAGCACACACUGAGCAUUCUUUUCUGGAAAGGCCGGUUUUAGCCUCACACCUUUAGCAGGACCAGCAGCGGGUGGAAGUGCCUGUGUGUGUGCUGGACAGGGGCAUCACCUCCUGUAUGGCACACCCUCCCGAGGACGUCCAGACAGGCUGUGUUACCUCCCAGCACUUUAUGUGCCUGCUCUGAGGUGUCCUGAACACACAGCAGAGGCCUCUCAUUCAUCACAGGCCGGGUAUUCCUUUUGUGUUUCUGUAUAACAUCGAUGAUGAGCUGAAGCUGUUGUCACUUCACUGCCCUCUUCAGAAUUUCUUCAUUGUGAUGACUGAUUUUAUUCAAUUAGGGACUAACAAUAAAGGCAGUCUACCCACUACGAUAAUGCUUGGGAAACAAGGGUCAGCUUGUACGUAUGACAAGAGAGGACCCUGAUUAUACCCUCUCUUCAUCAGCCCAAGCUUUACUGAGGUGGGAUGAAGAGCUCAUUCUCUGUUCUUUAAAACGUGUUUCCUGUACUAAUACUGGUCCAUGUAUUUUUUUUUUUUUUGUCCUUUUGAGAUUCUAAGUGGGCCAAGAAGCAAAAACAUCCAUGUGUUGUUUGGGAGGAAUUGGCACCAUUUUUUCUUACCUAUGUUUCAGUUAACUAAAGAAUAAAUGAUGAAGAAAAUUCUCCUUGUAGCACAACUGUAUGCUGUGUGAAUUGGUGUGAGCUCAAAGCCUGGUCAUGUGUUUUGCCUGUGGGUGACUCUGUUGUAGAAUGGUCUUAUUACUGCAUAUGGUAUCAUGACAACUUGUGAGUUUGAGUUUAUAUUUCUCAAAGAACAAGUUACCCAUAUAUGCAACAUUGCACUAUUAAAAGCUCUAUUUCUCUGUCCACAAAAUGGGUGAAAUCUUGAAAAAGCUUAGCAAUUGCUCAUUCCUAACACGGGGAUACUAGUCUUUUUUUUUUUUUGAGAUGGAGUCUUGCUCUGUCGCCAGGCUGGAAUGCAAUGGUGCAGUCUUGGCUCACUGCAACCUCUGCCUCCUGGGUUCAAGUGAUUCUCCUGCCUCAGCCUCCCAAGUAGCUGGGACUACAGGGGCAUGUCACCACACCCAGCUAAUUUUUGUAUUCUUAGUACACACGGGGUUUCACCAUGUCGCCCAGAAUAGUCUCCAUCUCCUGACCUCAUGAUCCACCUGCCUCGGCCUCCCAAAGUGCUGGGAUUACAGGUGUGAGCCACCGUGCCCGGUCAACACUAGUCUUUUUAAUUUUUUCAGUGAAGAUUGAUCAAUACUCUGAAAUGUUCGUUGUUCUUUAGAAUUGUGGGAAUUAAAUUUGAGCAGUUUUUCAUCUCUACCAAAUCCUUAACCGCAAGCAGCAUUCUAUGACAGUAUGAAGAAUUGUCUAAUAUGUUAAAACUGUACUUUAACCUUUCUGUCACUCCUCCAAGUUCCUUUCAGUUUGUAUUUUUGAGAGAAAUGUAUGGUUCUUUCUUACAGGCCCGCUGAUUUGUAACCGUGCCAUUGAAUAGAGCAAUUAGACCCAUCAGGCCAUUUUCCCCUCAUUAGGUUCCAUGUAACCAUUCUAGUUAAAACAGCAUGAACUGAAUCCAGUUUACACUCAUAUUCGAUGGGCAAUACUGUUUGGUUUUUGGAACUGUUUAUCUGCUGUUGCCUAUCAAGUAUUAUUGUAGGAGUGUCAUGCGUGCUGCAAUGCACUGGGCUGAGUUCCGCUGCGAAGCUCCCACUGAUACGCGCUUACGUGUGCCUCUCACCUCCGGAGUGCAGGCAGGUGGCUGCAGGGUCCCAGCUCUGAAUGGAUGCCCGUGACACAACUGGGGCAGCCCUUGCUUUUUGCUUGCUCUCACACAGAAACCUUUGUCCAUGCUACUUUAUCCUUUGCCCCCUAUUGGGUCCCAAAUACACAAAAUGUACAAAUGUAAACUUGCUCAUUCUUUUAGUUCUUUGUUCUUUCUGUAAUUUUUUUAAAAUAAAAAUUACCUUGAUGGAG